AGAGAUGGUGGAAAUGGAAAGGCAGGAGGAUGCACACAGCUGGCAUUGGCAGCGCCGGUGCAGCGGGGCGCCUGUCGCAGCCGGGCCCUCUGCAUGAUGCAGGGAGCUUAUCUUAAGUGCAAGUAGUGCAACGUCAGAUGUAACAGAAGGAAAUGUAGCAAUGCAUCAACAACCCUUCUCCUGACUGCAGUGAUUCAUGUUUUCACCUGGAAAAAAGUACUCUCCGAGCUGGGUUUCCACCAACAGUUUUAAUGGGACUAUCCUGCCGUGAAGGUUCUUGGAAACUAAGCGGCUUUUGGAAAAACUCUCCAGUGACCUGGUAGUAGUCAAAUGUAGCCCACGACCACGGCAUCGCCCAGCAGUGUCCCUCCCAGCCUCCAUGCCUCCACAGUCAGCAACAUCUUCAGUGCCCGACCGCCGCAGCCUCGAGAAAGCGUCCUCGGCAUUAGCUUCAAGCCCUACAGCCCGGAGUCCAGCCCAGCCCCGGCUCCCUGCACGACCUGUGAGAGCGCACGAUCCUCCAUGUUCAGAGCUCCCUGCAUGAGCCAGCGACGGCUUGCGCUCAUCUUCUGCAUCUCCGUCCUCAUCGUGCUGCUCAUCGCUCUCAUCCUGCUGUUUAUGUUCUGGCGGUCGCAGACCGGCAUCGUGUACAAGGAGCCUGCUGAGAGCUGCAAGGACAGCCCCGUGCGCUGCGACGGCAUCAUCGACUGCUCCCAGAGGAGUGACGAGCUGGGCUGCGUGCGCUUCGCGUCUGACGAGUCCUUGCUCCACAUCUACUCCAGCGCUGAGAGCCAGUGGCUGCCAGUGUGCAGCAGCGCCUGGGACGACUCCUUCUCCAGAAAGACCUGCCAGCAGCUGGGAUUUCAGAAUGCAUCGCAGACUGAAUACAUUCCCCUGCACGUCUCUGGCAAGAGCCUCACUGUGACUGAUGAGCGAGAGACCAUCCAGCAGAGCCUCAACAGCUCCCACUGUCUGACGGGAAAGUACGUCUCCCUCCGAUGCACAACCUGCGGGCAGAGGAUUUCUGGCCGGAUCAUUGGAGGAAAGGAAACCUCCGUGACCAAGUGGCCCUGGCAAGUCAGUGUGCAGUAUGGGCCCAUCCACAUCUGUGGCGGCACCAUCAUCGACACGCAGUGGGUCCUCACCGCAGCCCACUGCUUCUUCAUGAACAGCAUGAAGAUCCUUGACGACUGGAAGGUGUACGGCGGGGUCUCGGACCUGAAGCAGCACGCGGAGGGCAUCCCCGUCUCCCAGGUCAUCAUUAACUCCAACUACAGCGACGAUCACGACGACUAUGACAUUGCACUCAUGAAGCUCUCCAGGCCACUGACGCUCUCAGCUCAGGUUCGCCCAGCCUGCCUCCCCAUGUACGGCCAGCAAUUCCAGACCGGCAGGUCCUGCUUCAUCACUGGCUUUGGGAAGACCAGGGAGAACGAAGAUAACAUGUCCCCGAAGCUGCGGGAGGCCGAGGUGAAGCUGAUUGACUACAAGGUCUGCAACAGCGACAAGGUGUAUGAGGGCUACCUGACCCCACGGAUGAUGUGUGCCGGGUACCUGCAGGGGGGGAAAGAUGCGUGCCAGGGUGACAGUGGAGGGCCCCUGGUCUGUGAGGACAACGGCCACUGGUAUGUGGCCGGGGUCACGAGCUGGGGGACAGGAUGUGGCCAGAAGAACAAGCCCGGUGUUUACACGCGUGUGACAAAGCUUCUCAGCUGGAUAUACAGCAAAAUGGAGAGCGAGAACGACUAAGACCGGGGCAGACACUUGCCUGGGCCAUGCCUCUCCGGCUGGCAUGGGCCCCUGCCCUUGCUUGCUGCCAAGGCAUGAUGCUACCAGCAGAUCCCCCUGCCUGUCUCUGGACUGUCCGUGGAGCCAGGGACCUGUCGCUGCCCCCAACCUCUGAAAAUAUGGCACCUGCAAAGUGACUCUGCCCUCGCCCAGUGCAAGGGAGGAGGUAGCCUGGCAGCGGCUGGGCAAAGCACCCAGCCAGCCCUGGGCCGGCAGCACGCAGGGGACAGCAGCCUGUGCCAGCUGGGAGGCACCUCCUCACCCUGGGUCUGUGGUUCUUCUCGUGUAAAUAGACGUGUCCGGAUGGGACUGUUGCGAGUGCUUCCUGGCAGGACCGUGGCACGCUCGGCAGGCAAAGGGCUGCUAGCGCUGCCCGUCAAUCCAGUGGAGGUUGCAGAUGGAAGUGGGGAGCAGGAGAGCCGUGGGGCACAGGAGAGCAGCGGGCCGCCUGUGGCGAGCGAGCGCUCUCCUUCGCAUGCCGCUGCCAUGUCGCAGCUGUGCCGCCUUGGGGUGUGGGAUGGGGCUCAGCUGGCAGGGUGCAGCUGUGUGCCAUGCUGCCCUGGUGGGCAGCAGCUGCCCGCACCCGCGAGGCCAAGUUCCCUGUUUUCUCCACGGAGGGCUGAGCAAAGGGGAGCCCCGUGGUGCAGUUACACCACCUUCUGGGAGGAGCAGUAGUUGCUCUCAUGUUUGCAGAUAGGUUUAGGAAGCGCCUUUGAAAUGAUGUUCCUCCCUGUGAGAGAAAUACCUGUUUGUUUAUUUUUCCAUGCCGCGGAUAUGGUCCGAGCAAGCACUCGCUCCCAGGACUGCAUGCAGCCGGUCUCCAUCCCCCGCCUGCUGCCAUGAGGAUUUCGGCAGCGGUGUGGGGCAGGUCUGCUCUCCUGGGAUGGCCGUGGGAGGUGCGACAGAAGCCAGCAGCAGCCAAAGGUCCGAGGUGGAGCGUGAUGCAGACCAGCCAACCCUCCCGGGCAGUGCCCAGCCCUUCUCCAGCGUGAGCCAGCCCCCAGAUCUCACGGCUCGUUGUUCAGUGACCAUGCUGGAUUGCUGCCUCCUCCCUCCGGCUGCUGAGCACGCAGGGAUCGCGUACCCAGCCUCACCUCCCUGCCCACGCCAGAGCAGGGACACGUUUCCUCUCAAGGAAACAAGUGCCCGCGUCUCCCUGUGGAUGCUUUGAGGCACACAAGGCACUACGGGAGAUCCCCAGUGUGGCAGUGCCCAUUGGCUAGGCAGAGGCUGGCUGCCACUUGCCGAGGCCACGCUCCUCUCCCCAGACGUGUGGUCAGUUGCAGAGGGGUCUUGGGGAGCCUGGCCACCUCGCACUCUUCUCAAUAAAUGUUUUGGUAGUGCUCCGCGUGGAGACAGCUCUUUGGGACAGGCUGGAAAGGAAGCUGGUGAGCCCCAGCACCCAGGUACCAAGGGAGCUGCAGGGAACGGGGAGGGCUUGGCCCUGGCUGGAGACCACGCCGUGAUGCUCCAGGGCUGCCCCUCUCCUCAUGGCUCUUUGGGCCCCAGUGGCAAGGCCACGCACACUGCGGUGGGCCCAUGGGACUGGAGUGCAGCAAGUGCAUGGGGGGGUUGCAGCUGUGUGCAGCCCCACAGGUCUGUGGGGAUGUGCUCAGCACUCCAAUGCACACCCGCUCCUGACCUGCCUCGUGGCUGUUGCCAUUCAUGUGGGUGCAUGUGAUGGAGCGGCUUUUUGCAAAAGCCCUUCCUGCCCUUCACCCUCCAGGUUACUGCUCAAAGAGACUGCUGGGAGAAAGGGGGUGUUACAGGGGCUUGGCAGUAGGUGCUCAGGUACGGAGGUAAUGUAGGCAUGGAGCUGUGUGGGGGUGAAGCCUCUGGGGGGGGGAGCGGAUCCAUGGGCAUGAGCCCGGAGGAGAGCCGUAUCAGAAUUCAGCUUGUGAAUGCUGUGGACCGGAAUAAAACACUUUCCUGGGAAGGCUGCACAGCCUGUGCAAUUGCCCCAUGUUAAAGAAAUGGCAGUAACGAGCAUUUAGGCUUGAAUUUUCCUCAGAAGGAAAGGUUACUUGCAGUGGUUCUUUGUAACCUGUCUUCUUGCAGCUGGAAACAUUAAAGGAGAGACUGGUGCUUUGGGGAGCUCACUUGCUCUCUUUGAAAUAGUCUGAAUCUGCCUCACGGGUCUGUUGCCGCUAGCUCUGGCUGCGGUGGCCCUGUCUCUCCCCAGCACGG